GCAACACAUGGACGUCGAAAGAAGGUCCUCGUCCCCCCGGCGCAAGAAGGUCCGCCAGAAAUACGCGCCCAAAGCCUGUGUGCUGUGCAGGCGCUCCAAGCUCAAGUGCUCGGGAGAAAACCCAUGCCAGCGAUGCGUCGACAACGGCAAGCGAUGCUUCUUUUCCGAGGACCAGACGGCUGCCGAGGCCCUGCAGCAUCUCAGUCGCCCGACACCCGCCCUCCAUGCCCAUGGCUCGAGCACCAGUGCCAACGGCAGCACUUCGUCGCGCAGGAACCUAUUGCCACACCAGGACACUACCGCGCGUAGGGAGAGCGAUGCCAGCGCGCGCGGCAUGACCAUGGAGGCGCGCAUGGCCCGCGUCGAGGCCAUGAUGGAGGCUCUGAUGCGCGAUCGCGGCUUGACCAUGACGCCCAUGGGCAGUGUAGAGCGUGACGACGGCGCCAGUGACGGCUUUCGAGGCGAUGCCGCGUUCCCCAUUCCACCCUUGGACCCCAUCAACCCAGCCCUCGCCUUCAUGGGACAGCCGGCGCUCUUCUCCCAAGAGCUCGCCAACUCGGCACAUGCUACAAUGUCCGGUCCCGAAUCCGCUCUUACCGCUGAGCCGCCUCACCUUGUGCAGCUGGGCAACCGCACCAUGGCCUUUCCUAGUCCGCCUAAAUAUCAGCAGUAUCUGCUGUCCUUCUUCACUGACAUACAUUUGUCUCAUCCCUGUGUAGACGAAGCGGAUUUCCGCACUCGCAGCGAACACAUGCUGGCCAAUUCUGUCAUACAGCCGAGUGAACGCCAUUUCCUUGCCCUGAAUUACCUCAUAUUUGCCUGCUGUGAUGUGCAGCUGAAUGUAUCGCCCACGAAUACUCAUAAGCCUGGGUGGCGGUGGUCUGAACUCGCCGAUGAGCUCCUCGACAAGAAGUCGUUACUUGGCGGUAACGGCGACCUGACACUGAUACAGUGCAUGCUUUUCCAGGCGCUGUACUACACGUUUGUCGACAUGCCCGGCCCAGCUUACAGUAGCAUUGGAAUCGCCGGUCGACUUGUCUUUCAAUACUCGCUCCACCAGCAGUCUACUUGGGCCGACAUUACCACCCAACAAGCAUACGAGCGCAUCUGCGUGUUCUGGAACGUCUUCGUAACAGACCGCUUCAUCUCUUUGGCCUGUGGGAGACCGUAUAGCAUCCAUGAAGCUGACAUUCAGGUCGAGUUGCCUGCCGAGCUGUUCAACAGGACAAUGCUUCCCCUACAGCUUGACCUCGAACAUGAUCCAAGAGUCUUCAUCAACCAAUACCUGCAUUACAUGAUACUUUGGGCACGGUACACCGGCUACUCCAUGGAUGGACGAGGCUCCGAUGGCCAUGCGCAAGAGGCCCUCGAUACGCAAAUCACGCAGUUUCUUGACCACGACCUUUCGGGUCUGCGCGUUCCCUAUACACAACCGGACUCUGGCAUCGAGCCGCCAAUCAAAACCUUUCUUUUACAGAAAAAGACCGACUUGGUCCUCUGGGGCUUCCGCUCGGCCAUAGCCUCACUCCAGUACAACGAAAGCCAUGCGGCUCACUUUGGCCAUUUGGCGAUAAGUACGGUCGACCGAAUGUCUGCUUUUGCGCAAGACGUGCGGUGUCCCUUUAGCCUGCGACAUCCCAUGAUCACGUCGUUGUCCAACGCUCUCCUGGUCCUCUGUUCACUCUUGGGACGCGACAGUUCUCCGAAGAAUCAAGCUUGCAUCGACUCUUUUCGCCAUGCCGUAAAUCUGCUCAACGAUCUUGCAUAUAGUCAGCCAUAUGCAAAGCAUGUCCUGGACGAUUUCCAAGCAAUUAUGUCCGUGAUUGAAGGCGUCAUCCAAGGCAAAGACGUUCCCGCAGACGUUGCAGACUUGAUCCCAUACAAGUCCCAGUGUCCUAGUAUCCGUUUGCCGCAGGUGUCUUCGUCAGCCAGCCAGCCUGUCAGUGUCAAAAAGGCGUCUGCGAAAAGCAACGGUCAUGCUUCUUAUACGAACGAGGUCCGUCAUGGUGUUUUGUGGCUCUGACAAAUUGGAAGUCUGGUAUUGGUCACAGCAAAAGUGUGUUUAGUGGGUAGAAAGGGCGUUUUGCGACAAAGAACUCGGAUCUGAUUUGACCUUUUGUACGACAAUCUCGCAUAGAUACCCAUACUUGGUAUAAGCCAAAGGCGUUUGGAGAUGUAAUGUUAAUACUACGACGUUUGUGUACACGACUUUGGGAUACUAUUGCAGUUGGUUGGAUACAAAGUGGGUAGUGCUCGACACACCAGACUGAUGCGGUUAACCGGCCCAA